UACAAUUGACAGUUGUUGUCAAAUUAUUGUUUAUAGAAAAAUGCCUUCAAAAGAAAUAUUAAGACGAAACAGAAUAUGUAUCGUUCCAGCGUGUAAAGCAGUGAAUUCAGACUUUCCCGAUCGAAUAUUUUUUCCGGUGCCAGAUAGUAAAAGGGACAAUUGGCUGGAUAUAGUUGGAGCGAAGGCCAGUUCCAUUAAAUCUAAUAAACGUCUCUACUGUUGUGAAAAACAUUUUGAUGUGCAAAGAGACAUUGAAGGUUACUAUUUUUACAAACAUUUCGGUGGAAGAAUCAAGUUAGAAAAUCAUGCCUAUCCAUACAAAAAUUUGGGCGUCAAUAUCACAGUGCCAGCGCCCCAACUUCCAAUAACGAUAGAACAGCUUCCGCAGACGAAAGAAUCGGAUGAGGCUGGUGACGACGAAUCUGUGGAUCCACUUGCGACACCAACGACACCAAGUGACAGAGAGAACGAAAAUGGAAGCGAAGGAGAGUCGUUUUCAGAUAGCAGUGAUAACGAGUUUAAUGGACAUUCCGAUUCGGACACAGAGGAUAGCAAAGUCGAUAAGCAGCUACCUCGCAGUGAAGAAAUCAUUGUCACAUCCGAUGUUUACGUGCAAGACGACCACGAUGAUGAAGUUGAUACUCCGCCGGAAAUAAAGACGGAGAUCGAUUCAACCCCAGAUCCUUUCGUCAAUCUAAAUUCUGAUGAAAUCAAUUCUGGUCAAAUAGAUGCCAAUCAUAACUGCCCACAGUGCGAAAAGAUCUUAUCGUCGGCGAAAUCAUUAAAGCGACACAUGAAAUCCGUUCAUGAUGGUGAAGGGAAAAUAAAGCGGGAGCCAGCAGCAGCAGGAAAAAACACAGUGACGUGUAAGGAAUGCGAAAGUGUUUUUACGACCCGAGACGAGUAUCACAAACACAAAUCGACACACAAGAAGUCAUUUGAAUGCGAUGUCUGCCAGAAGGUAUUUCAAACACGUUUCCGUUUGUCGACACACUAUGUGAUGCACAUGACUGUAAAGUCGUUCUUGUGCGAAGUGUGUUCAAGACCAUUUGCGAGAGCCUCCACUCUGCGAAGGCACCGAUACACACAUGCGACAGAAAAGCGUUUUGUCUGCGAAACCUGUGGACGUCGAUUUCCAGCUCAAUACUUGUUGAAACUACACAUUACCCAAUCACACACAGAUGCGGCGACCGUUAUGUGUGCACAGUGUAGUAAAGUUUUCACAACCAACGCUCAUUUGAAAAUACACAUGAACGUGCAUCACAGCGAAGUCAAUCCCUAUAAAUGUGAGAUUUGUCAACUGCAAUUUAACCAUCCAUCGGCUUUGUUACGCCACCGAAAGCGAUUCCACGACCCAACGAGCUCCUUUCCAUGCAAAGAAUGUCCGAAAAAAUUCACCCAACAAAUUCUGCUGGAGCGCCAUAUGAAAACCCAUCCCAUUAAGUCAAUGCAACCGCCGCAAAAAGUUAUAAUUCGAUGCGAAGAAUGUGGCAUCACACUCUGUCGGCCAGACCGAUUAAGAGCACACUUGGCCAAAUUGCAUAAUCCAGCCAAUCCGCACAAAUGUGAUACAUGCCGUCAAACAUUUCCAACUGAGAUCCUAAUGAACCAGCAUGCUAUGCGACUGCACGCCCCCGAGUACGAAUACAUUUACAAAUGCUACAUCUGCCCGAAGAAAUACAAUCAGGAGGCUGCGUUAAAGCGACAUGUCAAGCUCCACACCGAUCCAAAGAAACCGGUUACGUGCGAAUUGUGUGGGAAGAUAUUAGGUCGUCCGAAUCGUUUAAAGCCGCACAUGAGAGCGCUCCAUAGCCCGUACAAUCCGUUCAAAUGUGACAUUUGUCUGCAAACGUUCCGGGAACAGAAAAUGUUGGACAGUCAUACCACUCAAGUGCAUGAACAGACAAUACUGUGUCAGUAUUGCGAUAAAACAUUCGGAAAACGGGAUGGAUUGCGGCAGCAUCUUCGCAGGAAUCACAGUGAAAUGCUGUCGUUGGCGAGACGGAUAAAAUUGGAAUGAUUGAGCGGGAGGGUAUGCAACGCAGCUGUUAAUCAAAAUCGAUUUUUUGGUGUUCGGACGAAAAUUUUGGCUCAGUUUGUUUUUAGUCAACGCUGCAUUAGUUAUUAGGUCUUAUUACAGCUGGAGCUUGUGUUAUUAAACUUAAAAAGUUUUUUUUUUAUUAUUUUCUUAUUCAAAUAUAACGAUGUUGUACA